GGCGCGCGGCGGCUGCUGCGGCCUGUGGCGCCGUCGCCGGGCAGAGCCGAGCGGGUCCAGCCGGGCGCCGCUGCCGCGGGCCAGGUGCGCGGGGACGGUUCCGGGCUGCGCCAGGGGCCCGCCCGCCUUCCCGCCGCCGCCGAACUCCCGACUGCGGGCCGCCGGGCUCCCGUUAUCAUGUCGCUGAGGCAGCGCCUGGCCCUGCUGGCUCGCCGUCUGCAGGAGCCGCAGAAAGUGGCCCGCUUCCAGCGGCUGUGCGGGGUGGAAGCGCUGCCGCGCCGCUCCGCCGCUGCCGCCACCGAUCCGAGGGAGGAUGAGAAGGCGGAGGCGCCCGUGGCCGGAGACGCCCGACGCCGAGAGCCGCAGGCUGGGGCGUCUGCAGGCCCCCGGCCGCCCGGGAACGACCGCAAUCAGUGUCCCGCCAAGCCCGGCGGCGGCGCCCCCAACGGCGUGCGGAACGGGCUGGCGACCGAGCUGGGCCCGGCCUCGCCGCCGCGCGUGGGGGCCCUGCGCCGCAACUCGCUGACGGGCGAGGAGGGCGAGCUGGCCCAUGUGAGCAACUGGCCGCUCUACUACCUGUUCUGCUUCGGCACGGAGCUGGGCAACGAACUCUUUUACAUCCUGUUCUUCCCCUUCUGGAUCUGGAACCUGGACGCCCUGGUGGGCCGGAGGCUCGUGAUCAUCUGGGUGCUGGUCAUGUACCUGGGCCAGUGCACCAAGGACAUCAUCCGCUGGCCUCGGCCCGCCUCGCCGCCCGUGGUCAAGUUGGAGGUCUUCUACAACUCCGAGUACAGCAUGCCUUCCACCCAUGCCAUGUCCGGCACGGCCAUCCCCAUCUCCAUGAUCCUCCUCACCUACGGCCGCUGGCAGUAUCCUCUUCUAUAUGGACUGAUUCUUAUUCCCUGCUGGUGUUCUCUAGUUUGCCUAAGCAGAAUUUACAUGGGAAUGCACUCCAUUCUGGAUAUUAUUGCCGGAUUCCUAUAUACCAUUUUAAUCUUAGCUAUCUUCUAUCCAUUUGUGGACCUGAUUGACAACUUCAACCAAACUCAAAAAUAUUCCCCAUUAAUCAUCAUCGGGCUUCAUUUAGCCUUGGGGAUCUUUUCUUUCACUCUUGACACCUGGAGUACAUCCCGAGGAGACACAGCUGAGAUUCUAGGAAGUGGUGCUGGAAUUGCAUGUGGAUCUCAUCUUAGCCAUAACGUGGGUCUAAUAUUAGAUCCUUCUCUGGAUAUGCUACCGUUAGCUCUGACCCCCAUUACUGUGACUGUGUUUGGAAAAGCCAUACUGCGCAUCUUCAUCGGGAUGGUAUUUGUACUAAUAGUCAGAGAUAUAAUGAAAAGGAUCACCAUUCCUUUAGCCUGUAAAAUCUUCAGUAUACCAUGUGAUGAUAUUCGAAAAGCAAGACAACACAUGGAAGUUGAACUUCCUUAUCGGUAUAUUACCUAUGGAAUGGUUGGUUUCUCUAUCACAUUUUUGGUUCCUUAUCUAUUUUUCUUUAUUGGUAUCUCUUGAUGCAGAAAUACUGUUUAUAAGAAAGGAGGGUAUCAGUUACUGAUAUCUAAAAAUAUAUUCUAGUUAAAAGCCAAAUCAGAGGUAGGCUUUUGCAGGAAUUUAACUUAAAUAAUUAUUUAAGUAAAUUCGUAAGAGUCAGUGCAUCUUAUCAUUGCACACCCAGAUAUUGUUUUAGGUGAGCUGAGCUAUUUUAACACUGAGAAAAUGAUAAGUAUCCAUUAGAAUGUUCAUGUAAUGUUUGGAGAGUUUUAUGCUGUUAGGAAUUUGAGUUAUAUAUAAUAUAUAUUAAGAUACAUAAUUCACAUUAUGUAUCUUAAUAUAUGUUAUAUAUGAAAUAAUAUACCUAAGUUAUUUUAAACUGUGGGGCUGUAUUAUAAAAUCAAUAAUAAUAUGCAAACAGUGUGCCUGUAUAUUUGGAUUUAAUACAGGCAUGUUGUUAUUAACAGAUAUAUUUAACAUUUAUUUACUAUGGGAGCCAUUUCCUAAUUGAAUUGCAUAAUUACUAGACCAGAAUUCAUAUGUCACCAGAUAAUGUUUUACUGCCUCUUUUUACACUGCCAUCAUCUUUCAUGUUACCCAUGAUGUUGAACAUGGGAGGCAUUUUUAAUGGACCAAAUUUUCAGAAAAAUUAGUUUUUUUCUUUUUUUUCUUUCUUUCAGUUUUGUUUGUUUUAAUUCUGUACACUGUGUUGAAUGUACUUAAUUUGCUGUUGUUCUGGACAUCUGUUUAAUAAUUCAGGUACUGAAUUUUAUUGCUUGCUAAUUGUGCCUCUCUGUUGCUGAAUUAAGAAAUGCCAUGUAUACUGUGAUGCAAAAAUAAGAUACUAUCUUUAUCUUAAGUUACAUAUAAUCAGGCAAAUAUUUUAAAAACACAUGUCAGACUAACAGGGCUAGAAGCAAGCCACCCUCAAUUCUUUAGCCUUUGUUUCGAAAGAAAUGUGGAAGGGACUAAACUUUCUCACUAAUUUAUUGGGAAGCUAAAUGGAUAAAUAUUUCCAUUUUUGUAGGUAUUUUUCUGUGCAUUGUAAGUCUUAGGAACAAGGUAUAUUUUUUGUACAUUGUCUUGAUUGUUUAUACUGCAGGUAGAUAUUUCCAAUGAGUGGAAAUGUAGUUGAAGUUUAUAGAUGGAACAACGCACAUGCUUAAUUUGUAAAGAAACCAUUUUUCUGAAUUAUUUGGAAAGGAUUGGAUUUAGCAGUGUUAACUUUUAAUAACCAUUUAUUAGCUACUUAAGGUAAAUUAUAAAAUCUAAAAGUAUCAGUAUUUUAGAUCCUAUUAUUUUUUCAAUUUUUAUUAUUUUCACAGUGGAAAAUUUGGGUAUUAAACUAUUCUUUAUUCUUC